UUUCGUUUGAAUCUUGUCAGGAAGUUUUAUCCCAUUUAAAAACUCAUUAUAUUCGAAAUUGAAACUUCAAAAGCCUAAACAUUUACACCCAUGUAAAAAAGUUGUGGAAUCAAUUAAAUACAACUCCAAAAUCCCGAAACCCCAAACUUGAAAUUGAACCAAACUAAAUCCAUCAAAACUUGAAUCCGAAGUAGAUGUGGACGCAAAGCUAUGAGAAAUGUCCAUCUGUUUUCCACCAUCGCCCCUUGAGCACCUAUAUAUAUCUCUCCAUUCCCUUUCUUCUUCCUCACUCCAAAUCCUCUCAACAAAAUGCCUUUCUUUCCUCUCCCCCUUCUCUUCCUCUCUCUCAUCUCCGCCGCCGCCGCCUGCGACCGCUGCGUUCAUCAGGCCAAGGCCGCCUUCUACCAGGACGAAGCCGCCGGUUCAUAUAGAGGCGCCUGUGGCUAUGGCGACCUCACAUUGGAGCUCUCCAACGGCUACUACUCCGCCGCCAUGCCUCCCCUCUACAAGUCCGGCGCCGGCUGCGGCGCCUGCUUCCAAAUUAGGUGCAAGAACGAGAAAAUUUGCAGGAGAGAAGGGACCAAAGUGGUGGUGACGGAUCGGAAUGACAACACUUACACAGGCUUUGUUCUGAGCCAGAAGGGCUUUGCAGAAAUGGCUGUGGAUGGGAAGGAUGGAUUGCUUCUGAGUUAUGGAGUUGUGGAUGUUGAAUUUAAGAGGAUUCCUUGUGAAUAUCAGAACAAAAACUUGUUGGUUAGAGUUGAAGAGUUUAGUCAAUAUCCCUACUAUUUAGCCAUCAAGCUUCUCUAUCAAGGUGGCCAAACAGAAAUAGUAGCCGUCGACAUAGCUCAGGUCGGAUCGUCGGAUUGGGAUUAUAUGAGUAGGAAUUAUGGAGCUGUGUGGGAUACCAAAAAGCCUCUAUCUAAAGGACCAUUGCAGCUGCGAUUUGUGGUGACUUCUGGAUACGAUGGAAAGUGGAUUUGGGCAAAAUAUGUGCUUCCUGCUGAUUGGAGAAUUGGACUGAUUUACAACACUGGAGUUCAAAUUAAUGACAUUGCCAAAGAAGGUUGUCCAUCGGAGCAGUGUGGCGAUGGACAAUGGAAGAAGAGACGAUAAAUAUUUAUACAUGGACUAUGGUAUUUAAAUAUCUAAUAAUACCAUAUGGUAUAUAAGAAAAAUGAAAAUAAAAGAUGAAUGGCCUUGUAUAAUAGUUAUUAUUAAGUAAAUAAUAAAGUUUAUGAAUUAUUAAUGAUAUGAUUUUUAUUUGGCUUGGGUUCCAA